AUGUUGUACCUACACCGCGAGGACACGGAGAACUGGGAGAAGAUGUGUCAGACGGCGUUCGACAUGUACGCCAAGACGGCACGCUCAAACGUGCUUCCGCAGGCCGACGUGUACACAGCCUACGGUCAGUGCUGCCAUCUGCAGCGACGCCUGCAGGAGGCGCUCAAGUGGCAUGAAAAGGCAUUAAAUGUACGGCGGACACGUUGGGAGAGUGGCGAGCCAGCCACCGCAGAGUCACUCAAUCACAUUGCACGUGUGUAUGUGGCAAUGAAGCAGUAUGCCUCAGCCACAAAGUACCUGGCAGGGGGAAAGAAGGUUGCCUACGAGUUCACUGCGGAGCUGACGCAGUACCUGCGCCGGGAGGUGGCAAAGACGGAGCAGCAGACUUCCCCCCCCCCCCCCCCUACCCAUAGAGGAGUGGAGCUGGGAGAACCGCAUCGCCGUCACACCGGGGCUCGCUGA